UGACGUCACUGCCCCGCGUCGGCCCGCAGCCUGGGCGGUGUAUUCGAACCUACCGGACGGGAUCCUCGGUUUCCUCACAAGGAGCAUGGCCCUCUCCACCACAGUCUUCCAGAGGAGGCCCACGAAGCGCAAGGCUCCCCGCGCCUUUCUCAGGGGCGUCUUCAAGAAACAGAAGCCUCACCUUCGUUUGGAGGCGUGCAGCGACUUGCUGGUUCAUUUGAACUGUUUAUUGUUUGUCCAACGAUUAGCAGAAGAAUCCAGGGCUAAUGCUUGUGAGAAAAAGUGUGGAAUCAUUAGCAAGGAUCAUGUUCUGGCUGCAGCAAAGGUAAUUCUAAAGAAGAGCAAAGGUUAGACAUCAAAGAAAAUGUCUUGAAUAUUUUAUGACUUAUUAUUUUAGGUGAUAGAAAAUCAUAAAAUCUUUUUUUUCAUAUCAGUUUAUAUCAUGAUUAUUAAAAUAUUGAUUAGAUGA